AUGCAGGAGGGCAGCAGCGGCCUCGACGCGGCGAUCGAGUCGCUCCUGAACACGGAGAAGCAGUGCCGCCUCGCCGGGGAUGUGGCCGGCACCCGGAAGGCCGCCGUCGACAUCGUCGAGCUCUGCUUCAAGGACGCCGCCUGGAAGACGCUCAACGACCAGAUCGUCGUCCUCUCCAAGCGGAGGGGCCAGCUCAAACAGGCUAUUACUGCUGUUGUUCAGAAAGCGAUGGAGUACAUUGACGUGACACCAGACGUGGAGACACGUAUUGAGCUUAUCAAAACAUUGAGCAGUGUCGCUGCUGGAAAAAUAUAUGUGGAGAUAGAGAGAGCUAGAUUGAUCAAAAGACUUGCAAAAAUUAAAGAGGAGCAGGGAAAGAUUGAUGAAGCUGCUGAAAUCAUGCAGGAAGUUGCUGUUGAAACAUUUGGCUCGAUGGCAAAGACAGAGAAACUUGCAUUCAUUCUGGAGCAGGUUCGGCUAUGCCUGGAUCGUCAAGAUUAUGUGCGCGCACAAAUUUUAUCCAGGAAGAUUAGCCCUAGGGUCUUUGAUGCGGAUACAUCAAAGGACAAAAAGAAGCCAAAGGAAGGCGAUAAUAUGGUUCAGGAAGCCCCUGCAGAUGUACCUUCACUCUUAGAACUGAAGCGCAUCUACUAUGAACUGAUGAUUCGCUAUUACUCACAUAACAAUGAUUACCUGGAAAUCUGCCGUUGCUACAAGUCGAUCUAUGAAAUUCCAUCAAUAAAAGAGGAUCCAGCAAAGUGGACACCGAUUCUUAGGAAGAUCUGUUGGUUCUUGGUGCUGGCACCUCAUGAUCCAAUGCAGUCAAGCCUUCUCAAUGCUACACUAGAGGAUAAAAACCUUUCUGAGAUCCCAAAUUUCAGAUUACUACUGAAGCAAGUUGUUACUAUGGAGGUGAUCCAGUGGACAAAGUUGUGGGAAUUCUUCAAGGAUGAAUACGAGAACGAGAAGAAUCUCCUUGGAGGAGCUUUAGGCACAAAAGCUGCGGAGGAUUUGAAGCUGAGGAUCAUUGAACAUAAUAUCUUGGUUGUUUCAAAGUACUAUUCGAGGAUUACCCUGAAGAGGCUGGCGGAUCUUCUUUGCUUGAGCCUGCAGGAGGCGGAGAAGCAUAUCUCGGACAUGGUGAACUCAAAGGCUCUGAUUGCCAAGAUCGACAGACCGAUGGGGAUCGUGUCCUUCCGGACGGCCCAGGACAGCAACGGGGUGCUCAACUCGUGGGCGUCGAACCUGGAGAAGCUCCUGGACCUGGUGGAGAAGAGCUGCCACCAAAUACACAAGGAGACGAUGAUCCACAAGGCGGUGUUGAAAGCCUGA